AUGCAACGGGAAUACGGCCGACUCAAUUUAUCAGAUACAGUACUAUCGAAACGGAAGAUCAUGGACCUGAUAUCGAACGGGUAUGUUCGUGACUGGGACGACCCUCGAUUAUACACACUGAUUGCUCUUCGACGUCGAGGCGUUCCGCCGGGAGCAAUAUUGUCGUUCGUCAAUGGGCUUGGAGUUUCCAAGGCCCCAUCGACUAUUGCAGUCCAGAAGUUUGAGCAGUCUGUUCGACAGUAUCUAGAAGUGACAGUGCCGCGCUUGAUGGUUAUCCUUGACCCAGUUCCUGUUAUCAUUGAAAAUCUUCCUGAAGAAUACCUUGAAAUGGUAGAACUAUCGUUUUCCAAAGACCCUACAUUCGGGUCGCACCUUGUCCCAUUUACUCGAACAGUCUAUAUUGAUCGAAGUGACUUUCGCGAGACACCCAGCAAGGACUUCUUCCGACUCACUCUAGGCACAUCAGUCGGAUUACUCAAAGUUCCGUUUCCCAUAACCGCGACCAGUUUCGAGAAAGAUUCAAGUAGCGGACUUGUCACGUCAAUACACGCUCGAUACGACAAACCUAAAGAUGGCACAAAGUUCAAGAAGCCAAAGACCUACAUCCACUGGAUCUCAGACUGCCCAUCACUAAACAGCCCCAUCAAAGUGACCGUUCGUACAUAUAACCCUCUUUUCACCUGCAACAACCCAGAUACGCACCCCGACGGCUUUCUUUCCGUGAUCAACCCACAUUCAGAGGAAAUCUUUCCGGAUGCUAUGAUUGAUAUUGGUCUUCACGAAAUCAUCCGUAGAGCGCCAUGGCCCAAGACCAAAAGCGAGGUCACGUCAACAGAGGACUCGGAAGUUUUGCCGGAAUUUAUCCGGUUUCAGGGCAUGAGGGUGGCUUAUUUCUGUCUGGAUCGUGACAGUUCGGCUGAUUCUGUGGUUUUGAAUCGCCUUGUGUCUUUGGAGGAGGAUGCGAAGAAGUGA